UGAAUUCUAAUCAUUUUGUGGUCAGCUAGCCUCCAGCCUGGAGAUUCUGAGCCUGCUUGCAGCAGUAUUUAAAGAUAAUCUACCUCACAGGAAACCAGACACUAUUGGCUAACUUUGCAAAUAAAGAUGCCCUCAGAGGGAGGGAAAGGGAAAUGCUCUCUGACAGAGUCUACGUGGAACAGGGUGGCUGAUUGGCACGCUCAGAGGUUCCCUUUCCAAGCCCAGCCCAGACCCUCACCAUGCCUACCUCCUUCCCUGAGUCAAUUUCAGAAGACUUUCAGUAUGAUGAGAGUGCAGAAGCCUGUCAUAUAGGAGAUAUCGUGGCCUUUGGAACAACUUUCCUGCCCAUAGCAUACUCCCUUGUCUUUGCCUUUGGCCUGGUGGGAAAUUUGCUGGUGGUGUUUUCCCUCAUCCAUAGUCAGAAGUCCAAGAGUAUCACCGACAUCUAUCUCCUGAACCUGGCCUUGUCCGAUCUGCUUUUUGUAGCCACCUUGCCUUUCUGGAUUCACUAUCAGAUAAGGGAACAAGGCUUUCACAAUGCCACAUGCAAACUCACUACUGCCUUCUUCUUCAUUGGUUUUUUUGGAGGCAUAUUCUUUAUCACCAUCAUCAGCAUCGAUAGGUACCUGGCCAUUGUCCUGGCUGCCAACUCCAUGAACAACCGGACAGUGCAGCACGGUGUCACCAUCAGUCUCGGCGUCUGGGCAGCAGCCAUCUUGGUAGCAGCACCCCAGUUCAUGUUCACAAAGCUUACGGAAAACCAGUGCUUCGGGGAUUACCCUGAGGUCCUGCGGGACAUCUGGCCUGUGCUCCGCAACAUGGAAGCAAACAUUCUUGGCUUCCUGCUCCCUUUGCUCAUUAUGAGUUACUGUUACUUCAGAAUCAUGCAGACACUGCUUUCCUGCAAGAACAACAAGAAAGCUAAAGCCAUUAAACUGAUAUUUCUGGUGGUCAUCAUGUUUUUCCUCUUCUGGACACCCUACCACAUUAUGAUUUUCUUAGAGACACUCAGUCUCUACAACUUCUUUCCCAAAUGUGACACGAAGCGGGAUCUGAAAUUGGCGCUCAAUGUGACUGAGACAAUUGCAUUUAUCCACUGUUGUCUCAAUCCCCUUAUCUAUGCAUUCGCUGGAGAGAAAUUCAGAAGAUACCUUUACCACCUGUAUAGGAAAUUCCUGGCUGUCCUAUGUUGCAGAUCCGUCCAUGUAGGUUUCUCCUCUUCUGAAUCACAAAGGAGCAGGAGGGAAAGUGUUCUGAGCAGCAACUUGACUCACUACACCAGUGAUGGAGAUGCGUCCAUGAAUCUCUGAAGAGAUCCCCAAAGCCUUGUCCCUCCA